UACCGCUGGACAAUUUAUGUUUGCUUCGUUGUCGGUCAGCGAAGUGUGGAGGUGUCAAUGUGUUACAUUGCUUCGCAACUCUGCACAAGUGGUUUUUUUAAGGAAAAGAAUAUUUCUUGAAAUGAUUGAGCAUGCCUUUCAUGUUUAUGUUAUCAAAGUCAAUGUGUAAGAUGGUCGACCGUAACGUUCAUUGUAGCGAGUAGUGAAACCCUAGGUGCUGUUGAUUCCUAUGUGUUUCUUCUUCCACUGUUUCCCCUUUUUUCCAUAGACAACCUGCAUCUUUAGCUACCAAAAGUUCCCUUUUUUUAUGUUUGAAGCCGCCAGUCUCAAGGCAAUUAUUUACCAAAUCUUGGAAAAUAACAAGAGUUUAGACAUGUUAGAAAGACAAAGAAAGAUUUGGUACAAGUCAUCUGUCUGAAGCUUCAGAAUCUAAGCAACCAGAAACUGAUGACAUGUACUAGAAAGGUGUUAAGAGAGUUGGAUCAGAUGAAGAUUUGGACAGAUCGGAAGUUUAUUGGCACCACCAUUCAGUCAACUUCUCUUGGCGAAAUGGGAAGCUUUGAUCAUACUGCUCUCAGUUCAGUGAUAUUUUGGAUCCCUUCUUUUUUGACAACUUGAAGUUUUAAGGAUUCAUGUCCCCACAAGUAAAGCUGAAAAUAAUUUAGUUGGUGAAAUUUUCAGAAGGCAUACCGUUAUACUAUUUUAGAUAUUAUAACAAGAGGAUAUCCAGAAACGCUUCGUGUGCGCCUGAAUUUUUUUCAACAUUGGAGUUGGAAGAUAGCAGAUUGGACCAGACAGUCCAUGUCAGCAACAAAUUUCAAGAAUUAGGAGUCUCAAGCUCUAUAAAUGAUAACUCAUCUCCUACCCAGAUAUCAGGAUUACCAUCUUUCGGUGGAACACUUGUAAUUCCUGUUUCUGGUUGGCAGUCUCGCGGGGUGUUGGUUGCACACCUCUAAGAACACUGUUUUGCUGUCAAUGAAAUAGCCGUUUCAAGUGACCGUAGCUAUUUUGUUGCUAUAUCUGAUGAUUCCACUGUCAAGGUUUGGGAUUCUUGGAAAUUGGAAGAAGAAUUCUCCAUUAGAUAACUUACUGUCUAGAUAUUUCGAAUGCUAAUUACUAACACGUUUUUUAUUUUAAAAAAGCCACCAUGUGCCUUGGCCCAAGGCACAGGUGAGGCCCAUCUAUGCCGCCUAGAAACCCUAGUCCCAAGGCCCAUAGAUGAAAGGCGCGUUUGAUACAGAAAAGCUGGUUUCUAAAGGUUUAUAUUAGUUUUUAGGUUAUAGAAACCUGUUUUUGUAUCUAUGUGAAAACCGGUUUCCAUAGUUUUAGGGUGUAGAUACCUGUUUUUAUGGUUUUUGUAUGGGGAGGUUUUCAUAUGAAAAGCAGUUUAUAUUAGUUUUUGAGUUAUAAAAUUCUGUUGAAGUUUUUGGUUGAAUGUUAUGGGUUUUUUUUUAAUGGUAUUUAGUAAUUGAAUGGCAUUUGCUAAGUUUUUUACCUAAGUGCGUUUUUUUUUUGGGCUGGUGCUUUUUUUGCACAUCUCGGCUAGGCCACAUUUGAGGUCUUAUCGCAUUGAGUGCGCCUACGCCUUUGACAACUAUGAUUUAUCCCGAUCACUCUGUGCUACAAUGCUUCACUCUUACAAAGUUGCUGUUGGAGCUUCCGAUGGCACAAUUCAUAUAUUUUGCAUUGAUUACAUCUUGAGAGGACCUGGAAGUGUUGUAGAGAAAUAUUCGGAAAUGGCUGAUUGUAAAAAAAUUGACCUUAAAGAAGAAGCAAUUGUUACACUUCUAAAUUACUCUUCAGGUGGCGAUGAUGAUAGUAAAACAAUUCUUUAUAGCACCUAUAACUGUGGCGUCCAUUUACGUCAUACUCGAGAAAACGCAAACUCAUGGAAUACAAAAGUGAUUCCAGAGUAGGGUUAUGUAUUAGUACUUGUGGCAAGUCUUUAUGGGAAUUGGUUUGUCUCAGGAUCAUCCCUAGGUGGUGAUACAGUAUGGGAUUUGAGGUUUGGCAUACCCGUCAACUCAUAGCAGUAUUCAGUUGCAUGCACUAUAGCGAAUAUGUGUCUUUUUGUUCCUCCUCAGAGUACUUCCUUAUCUACAACAGUAAGGCCAUUUGUCUAUUUCGCAGCAAGUUGAAAUAAAGUUUUUCUGUGGAAUGCAGAAAACAAGAGUCGUCACCAGUGACAUAUAUACUGCAGGUAUUGAGGGUUGCAAGGUACUGACAGUGAUGCGUGGACCUUGGUCAGACCAUCUAGCAAUACGAAUUCUAAUACCCAAUUUACGGAGGGGUGUAAUAUACAAGUACAGAAUAGAUGAGCUGAAAGAACCUCCUCCCCGCUCACCUGGAAUUUGUUCAUUGCUUUCAUUACCUGGAGGUAGCGGCACCACUUAUGAAUUCGCCAAUGGGAUCAUUGCAGCUCAGAGUGAACUUAUUGCAUUUUUGGCCCAUUUCUCAAGGAAGCAAGAAGACGACCUUUGGCAACUAUGCUGACUGGAAAAGCAUUUCUGCAGCUGCUGCCACCGAUUCAGGAGGCUGUCACCAUAACCACCCUGUUCUCUCUCCGGCUUCAUCUAAUUGAACCAGGCUACUGUUAUCAAGCAGCAGUGAUGGUGCUGUCAAGGUUUGGAGGUAGAGGAUGCACUUAUAACGGCUUGGUAAUUGGAAUGAGCUUAUUGCAUUUGUGGCCCAUAUCUCAAGGUACAUCUUUAGCAAUACGGCUGUCUAAAACUGUAUUAUAGGUUUAUUUUAGAAUGUUUGCUUACUUUCAAGGUUCUCAGGUCCUGUACCUAUUAUAACUUUUAGUAAAUUUAUGAGUCUCUUGCUUUACUUGUAUAGCAUGUAAAUCUUUUGCCACAUGGGUAUAUUGAUGAAAGUCUCUCUUUCCGGAUAUACAUUUGUAUUUUAGCUGUCUUGUGAGUAUAAUACUCGGGUAUCAGAUGAUCAUUA